AUGAAUAAAUCAUAGAAUUAAAUAACUCCUACAUCUCAUCCUGGUUCAGUUAUAUUAAGCAAUGCUGGAAUUGCUUAGAAAGCAGAAACUGAUUUAUAUGAUAAAAUUGCUAAGUUUCAUUAAAUAACAUUACAUAAGUAUAGAUGUGGAUUGAAUUUAUAGGCAUGAUAUAGAUAAAAUAAAAACAGAUGAAAGAGUUUAAGCAGCUGAUUAUGCAAUAAAAAUAAAGACUGAAAAAAUAAAAUUGGGGAUGGAAAUAGUAGAAAUAUUGCUUAAAGAGAGAUUAAAAUUCAUUUAAUAAAUGCAAUAAAACGAAUAAAAAUUAAUGUCAAUUAUGAAAGAGACUAUGUAAUUAUUUUCAUAUGAAAAAUUUGAUGAUUUUCCAAGAGAUCAAUUCACUAAUUACUUAAAAUCACUUAGGGAUAUAUUAUUAUUAAGUUAUACAUCAUUCAAAUCAUUAAAUACAAUAAUUCAUCAUAGUGAAAAGUAUUAUCAAUAAAAAACAAGAUGGAAAACAUAUUGUUAAUAGAAAUUAUGUAUUAAUGGAUAUUUGAUGGGAUUAUUAAAUAUGAAUUUAAUUGAUGUAUCAAAUGCAUUAUAUCAUAAAUUGAAAAAAUACAAAAUUUAAUUAUUAUAAAUACAUGGAGGAUAAGAGUAAGAGAAUUAUGUUUUGAAUGAUGAAUAAUUAUAGAAAUUGUUAAACUUUUUAGCUGAAAUUAAUGUUGAUUUUGCAGAUAAUGUUAGUGCACAUUUAAGCAUAAUUGUUUAUUAAUGGAUAGAAGAUGUAACCAAAGUAUAGAGUGGGUAAGAUAUUAUUAUUAAUUAAUCAAAUUAGUUACUAAAUAAAUUUAGAUAUUUAUUUUAAUUUUUUGGGUCAAUUUGAAAGUCGAAUAUUAGAUAAAUUAUAUGAAUUGGAUAAUUUAUAAUUAAGAUGUGAAGCCAUAUAACAUUAAAAUGAGAAGGCUUAGAAAAUUCUAAAAAGAAUGAUUUUGCCUUAAAAAUAUGAUAAUUAUAAUAUAUAACUUGGUGUUUAAAUAUAAGAUAUAUUGAAUAGCAACUAAGCUCAAGUCUUAAAAACUAAAGAAGAAUUAGUAAAAACUAAAAUGAUAGAAAUAAUUAUAUUAGAAGCUUAAGAACCAGAUGAUACAUAUAAACCUAUUGGUUAAUUUAAAGGAGCUCAAAAAUUAGUACCAAAAAUAAUUGUUGUCAUGUAAGCAAUGAUACAAAAUAAAAUUAUUAAUUUGGAUUAAAAAUUAAAUGAAGUUCAAUUAAUAUUAACUGGUGUGAAACAAUUAUUUUUAAGUUUAAAAGAACUAUUAGUAGCAGAAAAAAAAUUAUCUAAAGCUUAGGCAUUAUAUACAAAUUUAAAAUCUACUGUAGAAAAUUUAAGAAGAGACAAAUCUAAAAUAAAUGUUGAAGAAUUGUAUGACCAAUCCUUAAAAUUAUAGAAAUAUGUGAAUAUCUUAUCUGAAUAAGCAAACAUAGCUUUAAUGAUAUCAGAAUAAUUACCUAAAAUAAGUGAAUUUAUUUAAAUGAUUCAAAGAUUUAUUACAAAAUAAUAAUUUUUAUCAAAUGACAUACUUAGAAUUGUUGGAAUUGAAAAAGUAUGA